CGAUGAGUUAGCAGUUUGUUUGGAACAAUAAUCAUUAAUCUGUACACACAACUCACAAGUUAAAACUAGAAAAUUAACUUUACUCGCUGUUUAGUGUUCACAGAGUUGUUCAUUUCGGUAUUUCUAAAUCCAAGCGAUAUUCACAAUGGUUCUUGAAAGUACUAUGAUAUGUGUUGAUAACAGCGACUACAUGCGCAAUGGUGACUUUGUACCUACCCGUCUACAAGCUCAACAAGAUGCUGUCAACCUAGUAUGUCUUUCUAAGACUCGUUCUAAUCCUGAGAACAACGUUGGUCUUUUAACUCUAGCCAAUGUUCGUGUAUUGGCUACUUUAACCGCUGAUGUUGGUCGAAUUCUAUCAAAAUUGCAUCAAGUACAACCCAAUGGUGUCAUCAAUUUUCCUACUGGCAUUAGAAUCGCUCAUUUAGCAUUGAAGCAUCGUCAAGGAAAAAAUCAUAAAAUGCGUAUUAUUGCAUUUAUUGGCAGUCCAGUUGGCUUAGAUGAAAAAGAAAUUAUUAAGUUAGCUAAAAGGCUUAAGAAAGAAAAAGUUAAUGUGGAUGUUGUUUCUUUUGGCGAAGAGGCUGAAAAUUCUGAUGUAUUAACUGCUUUUGUUAAUACAUUAAACGGUAAAGAUGGUGGCGGCAGCCAUCUUAUUGCUGUACCACCUGGCUCGCAUUUUUCUGAAGCAUUAGUAUCAUCACCAGUUAUUCAAGGAGAAGAUGGUGCUGGCGGAGCAGGUCUUGGUGGAACUGGAUAUGAAUUUGGAGUUGAUCCUAAUGAAGAUCCUGAAUUAGCUUUAGCUUUACGUGUUUCUAUGGAAGAACAAAGAGCUAGGCAGGAGCAAGAAGCCCGCCGAGGUCAAGCCUCAUCUGCUGGUGCUGAAACUUCAACUGUUCGUCCGGAAACUAUUAAUGAAACUCCAACUGAAGAAGCUAUGUUGGAACGUGCUUUAGCUAUGUCAAUGGAAACUGCUGAAGAUGAGCCAAUGAUUGUACAGGAAGGAUCUGGUGCUUCAGCUUCUGGGCCGUCUGGUACAGCUGCAUCUCAAGUAGACUUCAAUAAUAUGACUGAAGAAGAGCAGAUAGCAUUUGCUAUGCAAAUGUCUAUGCAAGAUUCGGCAGCUGAAGAAAAAGCAUCUUCAUCAAGUGCUAAAUCUAAAGAGGAAGCUAUGGAAGUAGAAGACUAUUCAGAAGUCAUUGAUCCUGAAUUUAUUCAAAGUGUGUUGGAAAAUUUACCGGGUGUUGAUUCACAAAGUGAUGCUGUACGCCAAGCUGUUGGUCUUGUUAGUAAGGAUUCAAAGGAUAAAGAUCAAAAGAGCGAAAAGGAUAAAAGCAAUAAGAAAUAAGUGUAAAAGACAAAUUGGAAAAUAUAUUUUAUUAUACUUUAUAUUAUAUUUCUUAUUAUUAUAAUUUUUUUUUUUUUUAAUAACACAUCUAAUUAAAUAACUUCAGAAUCCAUUGAUUGCUAAAAUUGUAUUAAAUCAAAUCAUCCAAUUAUAUAGAAUUGUCUGAUGUUUACAUAAGUUUAAACAAUGUUUAAUUAGUCUAAAUAAUAAAAUCAAUAUUAUAUAUAAAAAUAUAAUUGGAAUAUUUAAUUGUUUCAAUUUAACAUACUUA